AUGGCAACUCCAUUCACUUACCACGCCAAGGCGCAGUCCACCUUCAAGCCUCCCCUUAUUGCGAAUGAAAACGCCUUCUUGGGCGACGUCAUCUCCAGCGACAAGGAUAAUGCCGAGAAGCCCAUCUCCUGCGGCUUUUAUCGCCUGGAGAAGGGCACCCCGCUGGUUUACACCUAUACCUACGACGAGAUGAAGAUCAUCCUAGAAGGCCAAUUCGAGAUUUCCGACGAAACGGGCCAGAAGGUGACUGCGUCGCCAGGCGAUGUGUUCUACUUCCCCAAGGGAGCCAAGAUUACCUUUACGACCGAGACCUAUGGACUGGCCUUCUACACUGGCCAGCGGGCGGAGGGCGCGGCGUGA